CUUCUUAAAUCCCCUGUUCAUGCCCCCUGUUUCAUCAACGCCCCCAUCUCCCUCUCUCUCUCUUCCCUGUUCCAACUCAAACUCCAUACUCAAUCAUGAAGCUCUGCAAAUUCUGCGUCUUAUUCUUUCAGUUCUUGGCAAUUCUUUCACAAAACAGAGCUUCUGGAGAAGAAGAAGCCUCUGUUAAUGGCGCUCCUCAGAUAGCAGCAUUGCUUUCCUUCAGAAAUGGGAUUGUUUCCGAUCCACAGAACUAUCUCAAGGAUUGGAAAUCAUCUUCCACGCUUCAUUUCUGCAACUGGGUUGGUAUCCAAUGCAACAAUUCAACCCAACAAAUUCAAAAGCUUGAUCUAAGCGACAUGUCGCUCAAAGGCACCAUUUCUCCAUCUCUGUCCAACCUCUCUGCCUUAACAAUUCUCGACCUCUCAAGAAACUCAUUCGAAGGUUCAAUCCCAAUGGAGUUGGGUUUUCUCGUUAAUCUCCAGCAACUUAGCUUAUCAUGGAAUCACCUGACAGGAAAUAUCCCCACAGAGCUCGGGUUUCUCCAGAAAUUGGAGUUUCUCGAUCUGGGUAGCAACAAACUCGAAGGGGAAAUUCCUCUGUUUUGCAAUGGUUCUAAUUUGUCCUUGAAAUACAUAGAUUUCUCCAACAAUUCAUUGAGCGGCGAAAUCCCUUUAAGGAAUGAAUGCCCUUUGACGGAUUUGAUGUGUCUUUUGCUUUGGUCAAACAAAUUGGAGGGGGAAGUUCCUGUGGCGCUAUCAAAUUCAACCAAGUUGAAAUGGCUGGAUUUGGGUUCUAAUAAGCUUACAGGGGAGCUGCCUUCUGAGAUUGUUCUGAAAAUGCCAUUGUUGCAGUACCUUUACUUGCCUGAUAAUGAGUUCAUUAGCCAUGAUCAUAACUCAAAUCUCCAACCCUUUUUCGCUUCUUUAGUGAAUUCUUCAAAUCUUCAAGAGCUUCAGUUAGCUGGAAACCGUCUUGGUGGAGAGAUUCCUUCCAUUAUUGGUGAUCUUCAUCACAAUCUUUCACAGCUUCAUUUAGAUGAUAAUCGUAUCUAUGGUGCAAUUCCUCCUUCCAUUUCAAAUCUUAGAAAUCUAACCCUUUUGAACCUCUCAAGUAACCUUCUUAAUGGAACCAUUCCUCCAGAGCUUUCCAGAUUGACCAAUCUCGAGAGGUUUUAUUUGUCGAACAAUUCACUUUCCGGUGAAAUCCCAUCUUCUCUGGGCGAAAUCCCCCGCUUGGGUCUUCUUGAUUUGUCUAGAAACAACCUCUCCGGUUCUAUUCCAGAGGCUUUGGCGAAUCUUUCCCAGUUGAGAAAAUUGCUUCUUUAUGCCAAUAAUCUCUCAGGUACAAUCCCAUCAAGCCUCGGGAAAUGCACCAACUUGGAGAUUUUGGACCUUUCUAGCAAUCAAAUUUCAGGGGUUCUUCCCAUUGAAGUUGCAGGAUUGAGAAGCUUGAAACUCUAUUUGAAUCUUUCAAGCAACCAUUUACAUGGGCCUUUGCCAUUGGAGCUUAGCAAAAUGGACAUGGUCCUUGCUAUUGACUUGUCCUCCAACAAUCUCUCAGGCCCAAUUCCAUCGCAGCUUGGAAGCUGCGUUGCGCUUGAAAGCCUCAAUCUUUCUGAUAACUCCUUUGAUGGGCCUUUGCCUGUUUCAAUCAGCCAACUUCAAUAUCUCCGAACGCUCGAUGUUUCUUUCAAUAAGCUUUCUGGGAAAGUCCCAAACGAGGGGGUGUUUUCAUGGCUGACAAUAUCAUCUUUCCAAGGGAAUAAUGGUCUAUGUGGGUCAAUCAAUGGCCUACCAAAAUGCAGGGAGAAACACAAGCGCCGUAUACUGUCGAUUCUCAUGUCUUCUUCAGCAGCCUUUGUGUUCUGCAUGAUUGGGAUCUCGUUUGCAGCUGUGAGAACAAAAAUGAGAGAACGAUUUGCAGUUUUCAACAAAAGGGAUUUAGAAGAAGAACAUGAAGAACAGGAAACAGAGAGAAAAGAGAGGAAGUACCCAAGAAUCUCAUACGGGCAGCUAGUGGAAGCCACCGGCGGAUUCAGCUCCUCCAGCCUAAUUGGGUCGGGGAGAUUUGGAGAUGUGUAUAAGGGAACUCUACCGGACAACACCAAAAUCGCUGUCAAAGUUUUGAAUCCAUUAAGAACAGCAGGGGAAAUUUCAGGGAGUUUUAAAAGAGAAUGUCAAGUUUUGAGAAGAACAAGGCAUAGGAAUUUGAUGAAGAUUAUAACGACUUGCAGCCGGCCGGAUUUUAAGGCUCUUGUUCUUCCAUUGAUGUCGAAUGGGAGCUUGGAAAGUCACCUGUAUCCAAGGCAGGGGGAAGGACCCAGUUGGUGUAAGAUUGAUUUGGUUCAAGUGGUGAGUAUUUGCAGCGAUGUGGCUGAAGGAGUGGCGUAUUUGCACCACCAUUCGCCGGUUAGAGUGGUGCAUUGUGACCUUAAACCUAGUAAUAUUCUUCUUGAUGAGGACAUGACUGCUUUGGUCACUGAUUUUGGCAUUGCCAGAUUAGUGAGCGGUGGAGAAGACAAUCAUGAUAAUGAUAAUAAUGGUGCUGCUUCUCAACAAGAUUCAGCUUCCUUCAGUUCCACUCAUGGCUUGCUUUGUGGGUCUGUUGGUUACAUAGCUCCUGAGUACGGACUAGGAAAACGGGCGUCAACAGAGGGGGACGUGUUCAGUUACGGGGUGCUUCUGUUAGAACUCAUAACAGGGAAGCGUCCAACAGAUGACUUUUUCGCGCAAGGAGCAGGGCUGCAGGGAUGGGUCAAAAGUCAAUACCCAGAUAGGCUGGACCCCAUAGUGGACGACGCAAUGGACAGAUACUGCAGGGCGGCAGCGGCGGCGGAAGGAGGGCCAAGGCCUUGCAAGCGGCUAUGGCGAGAAGUGAUAGUGGAGGUUAUAGAAAUGGGGCUGAUGUGUACUCAGUUCAGCCCCGCAAUGAGGCCCACCAUGGUGAAUGUGGCUCAAGAAAUGACGCGUUUGAAGGAAUAUCUCUCACAUUCGUUGUCUUCUCUGUAUACCAGACGGUGACGCCAAUGAGGCGGCUGGACUACAUCCAUGGCGGUUCCUCUCAUCUGUAAAUGAAGGUUGCUGAUCCAUUGUUUUCAAAUAUGGUGUCAUCAACUCAAACUAAUUCGUUUUGUUCUUGGAUUUGUUUGUCAUCUUGUAAUUUUAGGCUAGCUAAGCUAAGAUGUAUAUGGGGAAUACAUUUUUCCUUUUGAACAUGUAAUUUUUGUGUCCU